UCGCCCGCACACCACCUUCGCUCUCCGGCUCGUGGGGGUCCCUCACCGGCAGCAGAGCCCGGUGCCGGCGUGGGCCAUCAGCCCCCUGCGCCUGCAGCCCCCCAGCCAGCACCGUCCUGCCUCAGCACCAGUAUGGCCAUCUCCUCGCGCCUCGCACUCUGGGAGCAGAAGAUACGGGACGAGGACCGGGGUCCGCCCCCGUCGGCCCCCCCCCUGCUCCUGUCGGUCAUCCCCGGGGGAUUCAUCAAGCAGCUCGUGCGGGAGACUGAGAAGGAGGCCAAGGCGGCAAAACUGAAGAAGGAAACCAAGGCGAGCGUGAAAGAGGAGCCCGCAGGGGAGGACGGCGAGGCCCGAGCCAGGGACACCCCAGCUGCCGGAGGAGAGGUGGCCAGCGAGGGGCAGCCGCUGCAGAACGGGCUGCACGCGGAGGGGCAGGGGGGUGAGGGGGUUGUGGCCCCCCCACACAAGGAGCUGCCACCUGGGAGGGCUGCUCCGGGGGCCAUCUCCAGCAAAGCCCCAGCGUCUGCGCCCGGCCCGGCAGCGGCUGCCCCCAAACCAGCGGAGAUCCCUCACCCGGAGGCUCCCAAGGCAGCGAGGCUGUUGUGCCUGGAGAAGAGCCCCAAGAACCCCUGCCCGGAGGGCAGCCCCCCAGCUCCAGCCCCCACACCCAGCAAGGGCCCCCAGCGCUGCAGCAAAGUCCCAGCAAAGGACGGGGACGCGCCCAGGGGGAUGGGCCCCGAGAGCACCGAGAAGGAGAAGGGGGCACCCCCAAGCCACGAGCAGCACCCAGACAAAGCGAGAGCCACGAGGGAGCUGGGACCAGCCAGGAAAGAGCCAGAAGAGAUGAAGAAAGAUGUCGGAGGUGGCAAGAAGGAGCCAAGGGAAAUCAAAAAGCCUGGAAAAACUACAAACAAGUCAGAGGGGCCCAAGGGGGAGCCAGGAGGGAUUCAAGAAAAGUCAGAAGAUGUGGCAAAGGAGGUGGGGAAAGUGAAGGAAGAGCUGGGAGAGGGUAAAGAGACACCGGGAGAGAGCAAAGAGGAGACGGGUGAGAGCGCAGACAAGGACCAGGCCCCGAGGGACGUUUGGUAUGAAGCAGAGAAGGUCUGGCUUGUCCAGCAGGACGGAUUCACACUCGCCACGCAGCUGAAGCCGGACGUGGGGACGCCCGAGCUGCCGGUGGGGAGGGUGAGGGUGCGCCGGGAGGCGGAUGGCAGCAUCACGGAGGUGGACGAGGACAGCGUGCAGCGGACCAACCCCCCCAGCCUGGACUAUGCUGAAGAUCUGGCCGCACUCAUCAACCUCAACGAGUGCAGCGCCAUGAACACACUGCAGCAGCGCUACCAGUCCCGGCUCCCCUACACCUACGCCGGGACCAGCCUGGUGGCCAUCGGGCCCAGCUUCCCUGCCAGCAGCAGCUCGGGGAAGGCAUUCAAGGGGAAGCGGGACAGCAUGCCCCCGCACAUCUACUCGGUGGUGCAGAGAGCCUACAGGAACCUGCUGAUGCAGCGGCAGGAUCAGGCCAUCGUGCCCCUAGGUCGCAGUGGGGCUGGGAAGACCACGUGCUGCCAGAGAGCCCUGGAGUACCUGGUGGGCACAGCGGGCAGCAUGGACGGCAGGGUCUCAGUGGAGAAGAUCCAGGCAAUGUUCACAAUCCUGGGAGCCUUUGGGUCAGUGACCACCAGCCACAGCAGCAGCUCCACGCGCUUCUCCAUGGUCCUGUCGCUGGAUUUCAGUGCCACCGGCCGGAUAACCGCUGCUCACCUCCAGACCAUGCUGCUGGAGAAGGGCCGCGUCGCCCAGCAGCCCCACGGCGAGAGCAGCUUCAACGUCUUCCCCCUGAUGCUGGCGGGGCUGGAUGCGGCACACAGGACGACACUGCACUUGCACCAGGUGACUGAGAGCAACUCCUUUGGGAUCAAGCCAUUCACAAAGCCCGAGGAGAAGCAGAAAGCCUCAGCGGCGUUUGCCCAGCUCCGGGCUGCCAUGGGCACGCUGGGCAUCACGGUGGAGGAGCAGGCGGCCGUCUGGCGCAUCUUAGCUGGCAUCUACCACCUGGGAGCUGCCGGGGCCUGUAAAGUUGGCAGGAAGCAGUUCAUGAAAUUCGAGUGUGCGAGCAAUGCUGCAGAGGUGCUGGGCUGCGACCUGGAGGAGCUCACCACCGCCGUCUUCAAACACCACCUGAAGCAGAUCCUGGCGCAGGUCAUGGCACGAGGCAGCCGGCUGCCCCCGGCGGAGGAGAGCCUGGCAGGACCGAAGAUGACGGGUGUGGAGUGUGUGGAGGGGAUGGCUUCGGGUCUCUAUGAAGAGCUCUUUGCUGCGGUCGUCUCACUGAUCAACAGGUCUUUCUCCUCCCAGCACCUCUCCAUGGCCUCCAUUGCGGUGGUGGACACUCCUGGCUUUCACAACCCACGGCACCAGCGGGGCAAGCGAGCAGCGACUUUUGAAGAGCUCUGCCACAACUACGUGCACGAGCGGCUGCAGGCCCUUUUCUACGAGAAAACCUUUGUUUCGGAAAUGGAGAGGUACAGAGAGGAAAAUGUUGAGGUGUCUUUUGAUCUUCCAGAGCGCUCGCCACUGGCCACGCUGUCCAUCGUCGACCUGAGCUCCUCACAGCCGCAGGUGCUGCCCAGCAGCCUGGGGGCCGAUCGCAGGGGGCUGUUGUGGAUCCUGGACGAGGAGGUGCUGAUCCCAGGCUCCGGGGACGAAGCUGCCUUCGACCGCCUGUGCUCCUACUUCGUCACGAAGGGACCCAGUCAGGAGGGGGACAGCUACAUGUGCAGGUGCGAGCAGGCGCUGCACUUCGAGAUCUCCCACCAGCUGGGCACGGACCCUGUGCGCUACGACCUCACGGGCUGGGUCAGCAAAGCCAAGCUCAACCUCUCGGCACAAAAUGCCAUCCAGGUGCUGCAGCGGUCCAAGGUGGAUGCCGUGAAGGAGCUGAUGUUGCUGCGCUCGCGGGCGCUGCUGGCCUGCCGUGCCGUGGCGGGGCUGGAGGGAUGCUCCCAGGCGGUCCUGCACCGCAACGGCUGUGUGAGGAAGACCUUUGCCAGCAGCUUCGCAGCUGUGAAGAAGAGGUCGGUGUGUGCUCAGCUCAAACUGCAGGCGGACGCGCUCACGAACCUGCUCCGACGGUCCCAGCUGCACUUUGUCCACUGCCUCCUCCCGGGAAUGGGGGCGGAGGGGGUGGAGGGGCCGGUCCCUUGGCCCCCCGCACCGCCUGAUGCAGCCCUGCGGCUGGAUGUGCCGGCCCUGCGAGCCCAGCUGGAGGGGACCCAGCUCCUGGACGCCCUGCGCCUCCACCGCAUCGGGUAUGCGGAUCGCCUGCUCCUGACCCAGUUCCGACGGCGCUUCCAGGUCCUGGCUCCGGACGUCAUGAAGAAGUACAACUCUGCCUACGAGGUGCCAGACGAGAGCAAGGCUAUAGAGGAGCUCUUCCAGGCACUGGAUCUGGAGAAGAAGAGCGUCGCCAUAGGACACAGCCAGGUUUUCCUGAAGCCGGGGGUCAUCUCCAGACUGGAGAAGCAGCGCGACAAGCUGAUAGCCCAGAAGAUGAUCCUGCUCCAGGCUGCUUGCAAGGGCUUCCUCAGCCGUCAGAAGUUCAAGAGGUUGAAGAUCCAGCGCCUCGCCGUCCACUGCAUCCAGAAGAACCUGGUGGUCUUCCAGGCAGUCAGGCACUGGCCCUGGUGGCAGCUGCUGAGCCGCGUGCGGCCCUUGCUCAGCGUUAACCUCGCGGAGGAGCAGCUUCGUGCAAAAGAAGAGGAGCUGGCAGCGCUGAGAAGGAAGCUGGAAAAAUCCGAGCAGGCGUGCAGCGAGCUCAGGCAGACUGCAGAGAAGCUGGAAAGCAAGAUCAUCGACCUGACGACGGAGCUGUCAGAUGAGCGGUACAAGGGUGAUGUCGCCUGCCAGGUCCUGGACGGGGAGCGGGCAGAGAGGCUGCGUGGCACCCGCGAGCUGCAGGAGCUGCAGAGGAAACACGACCAAGUGCAGAAGAAACUGGAGUCGGUGGAAAAGCAGCUGGAAGAGGCCCAGCAGCUGGUUCAGUUGCGUGAGAUGAAGAUAAGUGGCUCUGGAGGAGAGGACGAGUGGCAAGUGCGCUUCGACUGCGCGCAGACGGAGAUCGCCUUCCUGCAGAAGCGGCUGGCGCAGCUGGAGGAGCGGCUGGAGUCCGAGCUGGGCGUCAAGACGGGGCUCGAGCAAAAGCUCAGCGAGGUGCAGGCAGCGUGCGAGGCAGCCAAGAAGGUGUCCCAGCAGCUGCGGCGGCGGUGCAGGCAGCUGGCCUGCGAGCUGGAGGACGCGCGGGUGCUCGCCGAGAGCCAGCAGAGCCGUAGCCACGAGCUGGAGAAGAGGCAGAAGAAGUUUGACCUGCAGUUAGCCCAGGCCCUGGGAGAGUCUGCCUUUGAGAAGAGCCUCCGUGAAAAAGUGUCACAGGAGAACACCAGCAUCCGAUGGGAGAUGGGCAAACUUCAGCAGAGCUUACAGCAGAAGGAGGCGGAGGCGGCCAGCUUGGCACAGCGGGCGACCAUGCUGGCCGGCCGGGUGCAGGAGCUCAGCACCCCCAGCGCCCUGGAUGCCCGCGCCGUGCCCACACUCAGGAAGCAGCUCUGGGACCUGGAGGCCAGCGCUGCCGAGCAGCAGAAAGAGCUGGAGCGGCAAACGGCCGCUGUCGAUCACCUGGAGCAGCUCCACCAGAGGCUGGAGCUGGAGAUAGAGCGGAUGAAGCAGAUCCACCAGAAGGAGCUGGAGGACAAGGACGAGGAGCUGGAGGACGUGCGGCAGUCCUGCCAGAGGAGGCUCCGGCAGCUGGAGAUGCAGCUGGAACAGGAGUACGAGGAGAAGCAGAUGGUGCUGCAUGAGAAGCAAGACCUGGAAGGGCUCAUCGGCACCCUGUGCGAGCAGGUAAGAGGACGGUGUCUUCCCCCGCCCGCUCUCCUGCGGCGGGACCUGCGGCGGACGCGUACCCUGCUUGCUGACGUGCAGCUGCUGCUGGCAGCCCCCGGGGAGCCUGGCGCCGGUGCCCAGGAGCUGGAGCGGCUGCGCAAGCAGUUGGAAGAGAGCAAAGCAAAGUGCGCGGAGGCCCAGAGGUCCCAGCAGACCGCAGCCCUGGAGCUGGAGAACUUGCACACGGAGCUGGAGACCCUCAACAGAAACAAGACCCUGGUGGAUGAGCAGCUGUACCAGCUGCAGCACGAGAGAGCCGACCUCCUGAAACGCAUCGACGAGGACCAGGAAGACCUGAACGAGCUCAUGGCAAAGCACAAGGCUCUGAUCGCCCAGUCAGCAACGGAUAUCACUCAGAUCCGGGAGCUGCAGACACAGGUGGAGGAUGUGAAGAAAGAAAAGCAGAGCCUUCAGGAGAAGCUGCAGGCAGCGCAGGCAAGAGCGGUGCGCCUGGAACAGUGCCCAGCUGAGCGCUCCAUCGUCAGCCGGCAAGAAGCCCACAUCCGCGACCUGGAGAGCCAGCUGGACUUCCAGGCUGUGCAGAUGAAGCGCUUUGAGGUGCUGGUGCUGCGCUUGCGAGACAGCAUCAUAAAGAUGGGCGAGGAGCUGGAGAAGGCGGCCGAGUCAGAGGCGCGGGAGAAGGAGACCACCAGGUACUACCAGAGGAGGAUGGAGGAGAUGAAGGCUGACAUGGAUGAGCUGGUGCAGAGGGAACUGGAGUCCAGCCGCCGGCGUGUGGAGCUGGAGCAGCAGCUGGCAGAGCUGGCGGCGGUGCGGCAGGUCCUGCAGGCUGACCUGGGGACCUCCAUCCGGCGCAUCGCUGACCUGCAGGUGGCCCUGGAGGAGCUGCGGUCCAGCGAUGAGAGCGAUGCCGAGAGCGUGCAGACGGCGCGGGAGUCGCUCUGCUCCAGGAGGGAGACGGAUGCCUGCUCCAGCGUCGGCUCCACGCUCAGUCUAGAGCCUGCAGAGACCAUCAAGUCCUGGCCGGGGUCGUCGGUGGGCUGGUCUUCCCCGGUGGGUGCCAGCGUGGCCGGGAGCCUCUCGGCGCAGUUUGUCAGCAGCCGCAGCACCCACAGCCCGAGGGUGGGCAGAGACACAAAGGAACCAGCAGCGAGCAGGCCAGCUUCUUCCCUGAGCUCUGCCAGGUCCGUCGAUGCUGCGGAUCUGGGGAGGAUGGCGAGUCCCUUGCUCGGUGCUAGAAGACGGGAAUACAGAAAACCUCCGGCAGACGAAGAGGAACUCGAGAGCCCGAAAAAAGCUGCGGAUAGGAUAGGAGAGACGUCCCCGCUGGUGCUGCGGCAGGGGGGCUCCCCUGCCCCGGAUGUGCGGUUCCCCAGCCCGCUAUCUCCGACGGUGCCGAGGAGGAGAGGGCUCUCUCCGGCAGCAGGGCCGGUGCCCAGCUCGUCAGCCGCCCUCUCCGAGUAUGUGGAGGAGCUGCGGCGGCAUCGGGGAGCGGAGCGGGAGCAAGGGUGCCCAGUGCUGGGCGACACCUCUCCUCUCCCCAUUUACCGCACCACCGGUGCCGCAGCCCUGCGGCGCUGCAGGGCUUUCCCAGUGGCGGAGGAAUCCCCAGGGAAGCUUGAUGGGAAUCAGCUGGGGGAAGGCGAAGGAGCAGGCGCCAGCCUUGUCCGCUCCUCCAGCCUGCGGAGCAUGGCCUCAGAGCUGGCCGAGCCGGCACGCUCUCCGGCGCUGAAAAGAGCAUCAAAGUUCGGCUCCUACGACUCCCUCCUGCAAACCUUUGAUGGCUCCAGCCGCCGACCGAACUCUCCAGCUGCGGGGAUGGAGGCGCUGGGCACGCUGCGGCCGAACUCCUGGAGAAGCUUCCUGGAGCCGUCAGUGGAAGAUGUGGAGGUGGGAAGGGGAUCUGGGGGGCUCCUGAGCUCACCAUCCAGCGACGGGCUGGGCGAGGGGAAGGGGAGCGACCCCUUCAGCUGGAGAAUACCCACCCUCAACUAUGAGAGGAGAACCAACGUCGACUUCGAUGACUUCCUCCCGGCCAUUCGCAAAUCCCGCUCCACCAGCAGCCUGGCCAAGCCCAGGAGGGACAGAAAGGACGGCCACCGGCCCCUCACUGUCCGCUUCCAGGAUGAAGCUGUAGCAGGUGGCUUGGCAUCCUCUGAGACGAAGGGCAUGACCAAGCGCAGCCCGGCCCUCCGGGAGGACCCCGGGGACCUCUCUGACUCCUCUUCGUCCUCUGGCUCCCUCCUCUCCUCCCGGAGCACCGACAGCAUCAAGCGCCGGCCCCAGAGAGGGGAUGGGGAAGGGUGCAGUGGCAAAGCCAGCACCCAGAGCAGUGGGGCAAGCCGCCGGGCAGAGGCAGAAGGGAAGGAAGAUGAUGUCAACAGCAUCAUGAGGAAGUAUCUGGGAAAAGACUAAGCUUUGCUCAGGACCAGCCGCAGGGACGAGGGACUUUCUUGUUCUCCUGCAGUUACUUGACUCAGGAGUUGGUGCUGUAAUUAAAACCCAGCGGCUGCCAUAGAUGCCUGAUAACAUGCCACUCUGGCCAGGGGAAGGCCACGGGGGAAGGCCACGCUGUAAAGAGCUGGAGGAACACCAAACCCUCUCCUUUUUAACCCAGAAGGUGCAGCCCAGAUGUCUCAUCCCACGUAGCACUGCUCAAAAAUCAGCUGAAUGGCCAAAGGAUGCUUUUGGAUCUCGGUGUGACACUCAGCAACAGCGGAGCUCUGAAGCUUUUAUAAUUCCGUAGAUAUUUGAAGACAGAUCCGUACAUGCUUUCAUGGCUCCUGCCUGUUUGGGACAUCUGGGCACAUCCCACUGGCUUGCAAGGCAGUGCUGUGGUGCGUGUGGCAAUGGGAGGCUGUAUUCAGAUGUCUGCUUGGUUUUUACACAAUAAAGUAUUUGCUUCUUUGA